AUGCGCUUUGUUAGAGAAAAUGAGCUAGUGUGGCUGGGAUUAAAAUAUAACUGUUGUUUUUUUAAGUUGUUGUGCUCUGUUUUUUCAGGCGUGUCAGCCCAGUCCUUCCUUCACUGCUUUACACUGGCUAGCUCUGCUUUUAAUCUGCAAGUUGCGACUCCUGGGGGGAAGUCAAUUGAUUUUGUGGAUGUGAAUGAGAGCAACAUGCGCUGGAUACAGGACUUCCGUAUGAAAUCGUAUGCGAACCCUGCCAAGUUGGAGUCGAUUGAUGGUGCUAGAUAUCAUGCGCUGCUGAUUCCGAACUGUCCCGGGGCUAUAACAGAACUGGAAAGAAUGCCUUCAGAGAAAUGUAUGCUUACAACUACUCAAAUAUACUUUGAUUUUUCUCUAGAGCCUAUCUGUGCGAUUGGACAUGGGGUUGCAGCUUUGUGUUGUGCCACCAAUGAGGAUAAAUCCUGGGUAUUUCAGGGAUACAGUCUGACAGGGCCCUCUGUGUACGAACUAGUAAGGCAGCCUAAUUUUGCCAGUUUGUCCAUUAUUGUGGAAGACUUCGUGAAAGAUUCUGGAGCUACGUUUAGCGCCAGCAAUCCGGAUGCUGUGCAUGUUGUGCUGGACAGGCACCUGGUGACGGGACAGAAUGAGAAUUCCACUCUUCCUGCAGUCCAGAAUCUUCUUCUUCUUUGCAAUGUCAGAAUGGAUGUGGACUCUGUGACUUCACCACGUACAUCAGUCACCUCAAAACAUCUGGCCUGUGCUGAAGAGAAAAAGCCCCAGUGCUGAAGUGGGAAACUGCAGCUGCUACCAGAGCAGGCAUACCACAAGGAACUGUGGGUUAGCUGUAGUACUUGGAGGAACGUGAGAGGUGACAACAUCUACCUUUAACAUCCUCU